GAAAAUUAGAGAAAAAGUUCUUGAGGAAAGAGAGAAAUAAGUGAGAAUAAAUUACGAGGUAACACCCAGUGAGUAACCUCCACGAUGGAUGUAGACACAUAAUUUUAUCCCUCCAAAAGAUUAAUUUUCACCUAUUUACCUUCUUCUACCGUGUACCACCAACCGUAUAAUUAUCCCUCACAAAAGAACAAAAAAUAACAACUCCUUAACAAAUUUUAUUUUAUUUUAACAACCUAACAACUCACCCUACCCCACCUACCCUAUACCCUACCCCUACUACCCCAUCCACGUGACCCCCUCACAUUUCUUCUUCACAAAGAAAGCACAAUACACUAGAGAAGGGGACCACAGGGAUAUAUAUCCACCUCAUAACAGAAUUGGAAGAGUGAGCGGGGAAGAUAUCAUCACCAUCUCACAAUUAGAAUGGGGGGCCCACAGUGAAAGAUAAGGACAUCUUCCUUUUCUUUUCUAUGGAUACACCUCACAACACAUGUGGGAUUUUUCUUUUCUUUUCUUUUGAUUCAGCACAUAGACACCCAUAUAUGCGAUUCCCUCACAGAAAACAUCUCCAUCGUCACUCAUCUCACACCCACACCAUUAACACACAAUAGGGACACAUCUGACAACCCCCAUUUUUCUCCAUAUAUUCAUAUACACAUACAGAGAAGGUGCGCACAUACUCUCCAUAUUUUCCACCAUUACACACAGAACAAAUCAUCCACGCACACACACGGACCUGGGGCAGUUUUCCACAUUUUUUCUUCUCUUUCUAUUAUAUCAUCAUAGACCUUGAACACAUACCUCAAAAACACCAUUUUUUGGUUUUCUUCUUCACAAUCCCCUUACGAAAAACCACCAUUAACACACACAAUAGAGGGAGAGAAACACGGAGAGAGAAUACGAUCUGAAAGAGGACAGACUCGAAAAAGGUACUGUUCCGGCGAGCUUCGCCUGAAAACAAUCGGAAUCCGUUCCGUCGUCUUUUUUGGUCUUCGCCGUUGUUGGAGCUCGUCGGAGAUCCGGCGAUUCAGAACAGCGAUUGGAGUGACGGAACCCGAGCUGUCUCAAUUGAUUUCCAUCAAAUCCGGUCGAAAAACGACCAAAACAGAUUCGUAGUUCUGUUCGUGCGAUCGAUUCAGCUAGAUCAGUAGCGGGUUCCUCUUCUUCGCGCGAUUUCAGAAUAUUGAUUUGUGGUGUUUGUCGUUGGGGUUCCCAUUCGAGGAUCUCGAUCUCAGAUUUCUUUAUUAUCAACGAUAACGAGUUAUAUUAAGAUCUAUCGGACUAUCAAGGCCAGAAUUCUUAGGAAUUUACAGAUUAAUCCAUCGUUGUUAUUAAGAAAUUAAGAGGCUAACCAUAUACUAAGGGUAAUAAUUUUAGCAAAAAUUUAAUUUAUAUGAUGUACAAAGUAAACAUUUUUAAAACUUUCAACAUAAACAUAAGAACAGAUAAAUAUUUUUGGUGGGGAAAUAUGUAAAUAGAACUUACAUGAAAUAACUUGAGGAGAGGUUUUCCUUUCGGGAACCUCCUUAAGAUCGAAUAGAAAACUUGAAAAUUUUUAUUCAAACACACUUAAUAUUAUGCAACUAGGUUUAUACAAAAAGAACUAGCAUGGGUAGGUUUGUUGGAAGGAAAAGUUUACACAUUUUAGGAAAGGAAAUAUGUUGUGAGAGUUUUUUCUUGCCCUCCUUCUACAAAAUCUUACGCCUUUUAUAGGCAAAAACUAAAUAAAGGAGUGUUCAUAAAAAUUACUACGUGGCCUAAACAUAUGUGACCGACACUAAAAAAUAAAAGAUAAGAUAAGAAAGAAUCUUAAUAAUGCAAGCUGGGUACUUAUUGGGUCCCAUCGUUACAUGCAUUAUUAUUUUCCUUCUAGACUUAUUUAGACGCAUGCUUCAACAGUUUUUCUUUCUUUUGGAAAGUAGUGAUAAAGGAAGCACUCUGACACUGACUAAACUAUUGCAAGACAUAAAGUGGGCAUCCCCACCUGACAAUCCUAUCUAAUAAUACAAGUUGUAUGUCUUUACUAUGUAUCCAAGUUGUGCAGGGCGAUUGAGUCGAAACUCAUUCCUGAGUCAUCGUCUUCGUAUGGGUCCUGAGCAUCUUAGAAAUGUGCAAGAUGACUUGCAAUGCUAUCAUCUUCGUCUGAUCUUGAAAAAUUAUUUUCUGCAUUAUUUAUUUCUGGAACUAAUCUGUCUAAAUUGGUGGUGAGUUGUCCAUCUAUAUGCUUAUCUUGUGUUUGGUUAUUAAAGAAUUUGUCUAAAGUAUGUUUAAUUAUAGUCUCUAUUGUUUCACUUUUUUUUUUUUAGAGAUUAAAGUCUUCCUUAAAGCCUUAUUACCUGAUUUUGCUAACUUAUGUCUUGUGACGAACAACCUUCAUCUUCAUUUUUUGACAAAGUGACAGCCAUUAACGGUUUUGAUUUAUCUUUACCGGUUACCGUUUGAACCGGACUAGCUGUACUAACAUCCGGUACAGUAGAUUUCUGAGCAUUUAGAGGGAAAUGCACACCCUUCUCAUCCAUUUUUUGAGGAGAUGGAAAACUCUGUAUCUAUGUCUGUGUAUUUGUAUCUGUCUUGCUUACAUUUGUCUGGUGGUUGAGUCUUGCUUCUAAUAUUUGUACCUGCUUUAUUUAUCUAGUGUUUUCCAUGAGAAGCGAUUCCUUCUAAGCAUUAAGCUUCUUGAAAUUCUCCGUCAUAGACGAAUAAUGAUCGUAGAAAAUAAUCUUUCCUGUUUCUUUUUGUAAAUUGUAUUGAGGUAUUUGAUCUUGAUUUUGUCUGAGUGGUGGUGAUAUAUAAUAGUUUGGUCCUAAGUAUCCUCUUGCAUGAUUAGUGGCCUCAGUAAAAUCAUUAAAACCUUUGAAAAGUGAAGUUUUAAAACCUUGUAUCGAAUCUAGCACUUCUAACUAUGUUUGAAAAAUACCAUUAAUUUUUUCAUGAAUAACUACGUAAUAUUUAAAUUUAGGCUUACUCUUCUCUGCCAUGUAUUGGCAUAAAGAAUUCAUGGCUGUCAUAAAAUGAUUACGAUUUUGUCUAGCAGUCAUAAAGAAUUCAGGAUACUGGCAAGUCAAAAUACACUCAGACAGCAUAGAAUAGACUGCAUUCACAUGUCCAGGUGGACAUUUUGAAUGGUUAAUUAUGCCAUUUGGUUUAAAGACAACUCCACCCAUUUUUCAACGAAAGAUGGAUAAUAUAUUUGGAGAAUAUAAACAUUUUGUAUUAGUAUAUGUAGAUGAUAUUAAAUUAGUUCAAAAAAUAAAAGAAAAAAUUAAAAAUACUUCAGACCUAAAAAUUCCAUUAAAAUCAGAUUAUUUAAUCAUUCAAACAGACGGAAGUGAUUUAGGAUGGGGAGCCAUUCUAAAAGCAGAACCUAAUAAAUACAGUAAUAAAAAUGAAGAAUAAAUAUGUGGUUAUCAGAGUGGAGCAUAUAAAGAAAAAGAAAACAAGAGUGCUAUAGACCUAGAAGUAUUAGUUAUAAUAUAUGGGUUAAAUAGUUUUAAGUUAUAUAUUCUAAAUAAAGAAGAAGUUUUAGUUAGAACAGAUUGUGAAGCUAUAGUUAAAUUUCAUCAAAAAAUAAAUGAUAAAACUAACAGUAGAAGAAGAUGGUUAAAUUUUACAAAUACCAUAUCUAAGAAUAUUGUAUUUGAACAUAUAAAAGGUAAAGAAAACGAAUUAGCAAAUCAGUUAAGUAGAUUACAACUGGGAAUAAAUAAAUAAGUUUAAUCCAACUCAUUUGUUUUCAGCAUGAGAUCAACAGGACAACCUCCUGCAGAUAAAGGCAAGGGCAUAACUUCUUCUCCAUAUUCAUAUCAACAGAUAAUGUUAGGUAAUUUAAAUUUUAAACCACUAAAAUCUUUAGAAACAAUGGAAAGAAUUUACUUCGGACCAUUUAAUUUAAUUGUUUACCCUGAGAGUAACAUAUCAUUUAGAAUAAGACCAGACUACAUUCUAGAUAGAUCUCAAAAGUGUUUAGUAACAAUAUUUGGAUAUCUUAUAAUAGACAAAAUCGUAAUCAUUUUAUGGAAGCCAUGAAUCCUUUAUGCCAGUACAUGGCAGAGAAGAGUAAGCCUAAAUUUAAAUAUUACGUAGUUAUUCAUGGAAAAACUAAUGGUAUUUUUCAAACAUGGUUAGAAGUGCUAGAUUCGAUACAAGGUUUUAAAACUCCACUUUUCAAAGGUUUUAAUGAUUUUACUGAGGCCAAUAAUCAUGCUAGAGGAUACUUAGGACCAAACUAUUAUACAUCACCAUCACUCAGACAAAAUUCAGAUCAAAUACCUCAAUACAAUUUACAAAAAGAAACGAGAAAGAUUAUUUUUUGCGAUCAUUGUUCAUCUAUGACGGAGAAUUUCAAGAAGCUUCUCAUGGAAAACACUAGAUUAAUAAAGCAGGUACAAAUAUUAGAAACAAGACUCAACCACCAGACAAAUGUAACAAAGACAAAUGCAAAUACACAGACUCAGAUACAGAGUUCUCCAUCUCCUCAAAAAAUGGAUGAGAAGGGUGUGCAUUUCCCUCUAAAUGCUCAGAAAUCCACUGUAUCGGAUGUUGGUACAGCUAAUCAGGUUCAAACGGUAACCGGUAAAGACAAAUUAAAACUAUUAAUGACUGUCACUUUGCCAAAAAGUGAACAUGAAGGUUGUUCUUCAUCAAGACAUAAGUUAGCAAAAUCAGGUAAUAAGGUUUUAAGGAAAACUUUAAUCUCUAAAAAGAAAAGUGAAACAAUAGAGACUAUAAUUAAACAGAUUUUAGACAAAUUUUUUAACAACCAGACACAAGAUAAGCAUAUGGAUGGACAACCCACUACCAAUUUAGACAAAUUAGUUCUAGAAAUAAAUAAUGCAGACAAUAAUUUUUCAAGAUCAGACGAAGAUGAUAGCAUUGCAAGUCAUCUUGCACAUUUUCAAGAUGCUCAGGACCCAUACGAAGACGAUGACUUAGGAAUGAGUUUCGACUCAAUCGCCCUGCACAAUUUGGAUACAUAGUAAAGACAUGCAACUUGUAUUAUUAGACGGGAUUGUCAGGUGGGAAUGCCCACUUUAUGUCUUGUAAUAGUGCUUCCUUUAUCACUACUUUCCAAAAGAAAGAAAAACUGUUGAAGCAUGCGUCUAAAUAAGUCUAGAAGGAAAAUAAUAAUGCAUGUAACGAUGGGACCCAAUAAGUACCCAACUUGCAUUAUUAAGAUUCUUUCUUAUCUUAUCUUUUAGUGUCAGCCACAUAUGUUUAGGCCACGUAAUAGUUUUUUUGACCACUCCUUUAUUUAGUUUUUGCCUAUAAAAGGCGUAAGAUUUUGUAGAAAGAGGGCAAGAAAAAACUCUCACAACAUAUUCCCUUUCUUGAAAUGUGUAAACUUUUCCUUCCAACAAACCUACCCAUGCUAGUUCUCUUUGUAUAAACCCAGUUGCAUAAUAUUAAGUGUGUUUGAAUAAAAGUUUUUAAGUUUUCUAUUCGAUCUUAAGGGGGUUCCCCAAAGGGAAACCUCUCUCCAAGUUAUUUCAUGUAAGUUCUAUUUACAUAUUUCCCCACCAAAAAUAUUUAUCUGUUCUUAUGUUUAUGUUUAAAGUUUUAAAAAUAUUUACUUUGUACAUUACCCUUAGUAUAUGGUUAGCCUCUUAAUUUCUUAAUAACAACAAUGGAUUAACCUGUCAAUUUCUAGAAAUUCUGACCUUGAUAGUCCGAUAGAACUGCAAAAUAGAUAAAGGACAAGUGUUAGUUGCCAGACUAAAAGUUCUGGGGUGUGGUUAAAAAAGUAAGUUGUUAGGAAUAUAGAUUAAGAGGAAGAGAUGAACCGGGUAUAAUAAUAAUAAAAAAAAACGAGGAGAAAUAUAAGAAAAUGAAGAAACUAUAGAGAGAGGAAGUACUGAGUAGGUUUUACAAAACUAAUUUAUUAAAUAUAUAUAUAUAUAUAUAUAUAUAUAUAUGUGUGUGUGAGCGGAGCGGUUGGACUCUGAAAAAAGAGAAAAACUACUAAUAAACUCAUUUAACAAGUAUAUAAAUUUAGCCAAACACCCUCAUAAUAUAUUUUUUUAUAAAGAGAUUAUCAUAUGAUGAAGUUACUAAUUCCCACUUACCAGCAAGUGCCACAAGGAUAAGGCCAAAACAGAAAAGAGAACUUGUGAGAUUGGCACUUUCUAGCCAUGUUUAAGAAGAUAGAAGAGGUAAUUGUAUGUAUUUUCUUGAUAAAGACACAUAUGUAGUCUUUUAAAAUUGUUUAAAUAUAAUUAAAAAUAUUUCUAUCAUAAAACCUAUAUAAUUAAUAUUCACUAUACUUGGUGUUCCAUUUAGUGCACCCUCUCUCUAGUGCAAGACUGCUACUUGGCUGGCUGCUAAUAAAACAUCCAAUGAUGACUCACUUUUUUUCAAAAAUUCUCUUUUAUGCAAUAGCUCGCAAAUAUGAUGUGACAAGUUCGAUUAAGGAGGUGUCCGCAAAAAAAAUCAAAUCCUUAAUUUUUUUUUUUAAGAAUAUCACCUACUAUACUAACUCAUAAGUCAGCUAACACAGAAAGAGAUGACCUAAUCAAUAGAUACUUAUAAGUGACAACACAUACAUACAUUAAUACAUAUUUUUAUCAAGCAUACCUAUCACACACUUAUUCGGAAUGAUACAUAAUCACUUACAUUCAUCUUACAAUUAGUAACACAAAGCUACGAAACAAAUACUCAUAACUAACAAUACAUACAUACAUCAAUAAACAUUUUUAUCAAUCAUACACAUCACAUAUAUUGAGAAUGAUACAUAAUCACUUACAUUCAUCUUACAAGUAACACAAAGUUUCGAAAUACAUACUCAUAACUAACAACACAUACAUACAUCAAUACACAAUUUUAUCAAUCAUAAAUGUCACAAGCUUAUUCAGAACGAUACACAAUCACUUACAUUCGUCUUACAAGUAACACAAAGUUUCGAAACAGAUACUCAUAACCGACAACACAUACAUACAUCAAUGCACAUUUUUAUCAAUUAUACAUGUCAUAUAUUUAUUCAGAACGAUACAUAAUCACUUACAUUUAUCUUACAAGUAACACGACAAAGCUUUGAAACAGAUACUCAUAACUGACAACACAUAGAUACAUCAUACAUAAUUUUAUCGAUCAUACAUGUCACAUAUUUAUUCCGCACGAUACAUACUCACUUACAAAUCAUCUUACAAGUAACACAAAGGUUUGAAAUAAAUACUCACAACUGACAACACAUACAUACAU